AAGGUCAUUUAUAAAAGUGAUAUGCGAUUCUUAUCAAAUAUAAAAAAAAUGUAAAAAUGGGAGGAGGUAGUAAUAAAUAAAGUAGUAUAUCUUCUUCAAGUUUUUCAACAUUUUUCAACAAAAGAGUAGUACUCUCUCCGUCCCAAGGUAGUUGAGACAUUUCUUUUGGGCACGAGAUUUAAGAAAUUGAUUUGUUAAAGGUUAAAGUGGAGAGAGGAAAGUAAGAGAAGGAAUAAAAAUUUUACUAAAAAAGGAAAUGACUCAACUGCUUUGGGACAAACUAAAAAGGAAUACGACUGAACUACUUAUCGGCAGUCGGCAGUCGGCAGUAUUUAAUCUUCUUGUUCGGCAAUUUGAAAUUGAGUGAAGCUAAGAAUUUAUUCAUCGUCGAUAGUUAGUGCGACCAUGGCUACCGACGCCAUUGCUGAGCCAACCAAGCUGAAGCUUUACUCUUAUUGGCGGAGCUCUUGCUCCUGCCGUGUACGGAUUGCUCUCAAUCUCAAGGGGCUGGACUACGAGUACAUAGCGGUUAACUUGCUCAAAGGAGAACAAAAGUCUCCUGAAUUUCUGAAGCUUAAUCCGCUUGGAUUGGUGCCUGUGCUUAUCGAUGGGGAUACUGUUGUUUCAGACUCCCUUGCAAUUUUAUUGUAUCUGGAGGAGAAGUAUCCUCAACGUCCGUUGUUACCCCGGGAUCUGGAGCUGAAGGCCCUGAAUUACCAGGCGGCAAAUAUUGUUUUUGCAAGCAUACAACCUUACCAGAAUAUACCCAUCAUUGGGUAUGUUAAAGAUAAACUUGGAGCUGAUGAGAUGCUUUCUUGGGUUCAGCAUCAUAUUAAACAUGGGUUUGCUGCCCUGGAGAAGCUUUUGGACAAAUUUGCUGGAAAGUAUGCUACAGGAGAUGAAGUUUUCUUGGCUGAUUUGUAUUUGGCACCUCAGAUUGAUGGUGCAGUUAGAAGGUUCAGUGUUGAUAUGAACGAGUUCCCUCUUUUAUCAAAGUUCAAUGAGGCAUACAAACAACUCCCCGCUUUUCAAAAUGCAAUGCCUGGGAAGCAGCUUGAUACGCCACCUGAGGCGAGGGACUGAGGUCAGAUUCAAAUUCGACUGAUGAUGUAUAAGCUCAUGCCCAAGCAGAGUUCUUGUGAUCUAAUUCAAUGGGAGUGGAAUCAUUAAUGAAAGGAGCUCUGUUUUAGAUUACUAACUGUAUCUUGCGUAUAUCUGUGUCUGUACUGUACUGUGCAAUAGGAGAAAUCACUUGUGAGAAUAAGAGCACAAUUUCAAAUAGUAGUAUGAACUAUGAACGAUUGAUAAAUACUGAUUUGAAAUUCAAUCGGUUCAUAUAUGAGAUAAGCUCGAGUCUCUAGUUA